AUGGGUAAGCAGGCAAAACGGAGGAUUUGGAAGAAGAAACAGAAAGGCAACCGCGACCAAACCUACACGGAUGAGAGGGUCAGAUAAAACUUUCUAAAGUAGCUUUAGAAGUUAAAAUGCGUAGGAUUUAAUGAGAGUAAAUAGCAGGGUCAGGAUAGCCUCUAGAAAAGCUGAGGUUAUUUUGAUCGCGGCUCAAACAUUCUGGCUUUUUAGUCAUAUAUAUAAUUGUCAAAGGAAUGCCUCUGCUAUAAGUGAAGUUUCAAAAAUGAAUCAGAGCUUUAUGGAUAACUAAACAUUUGUUUAUUUUUUUCAAUAGCCCUUGCUAUACUGUUUGAGUCUCUGAUGACCUGAAAUAAUACUGUAAACCGCUCUCCGUUCCGUUCUGUGAACUUUCGCUUUUGCGACCUCAAAUACCUAAAAAAAAAUUUACUGAUAGCUUUUACGACAGCGAAAAGAGACGAGAUAUUUUAAAAUGGCGAAUUGAGGAAAAAACAUUGGUUAAAUUAAAGCCAAACUUCGUUCGAAAAACCCUAAAAAGCUCAAAAAGUGGAUAAAGAAUAUGAAAAAAAGGCGAUUCCAGAAGGACGACGGCUACUCCCAGGCCAUCAAAGAAAAUGAGAAAUACUGGAGUUUCUACCGCGCUCAGGGAUUCUUCAACGAUGAGGAGUUUGAAGCCUUCCGAGCGGCUCUUCAAAGAGAACUUCCUGUUUCGUUCCGUUUCCAGGGCUGCAAUAAGUUUGUAUUAUUUUAAAUUAAUUUUUGAAUCACAAAAAUAAAUAAAGUAGCUUCCAUAAGGAAUGAGGCUGUGAAAAAAGGUAAAAAAAAUAUUAAAUAAGUUAGAAGGGAGAUUGUUCGUGCUCUAAACAAUUGAGCUUGAAAAUGAAGACGAUGAAGUUAAUCAUAACUCCAUUAAGAAGCGGGGAAAAAACCUGGAAGGUUCAAAAGAAAACAAUUCAUUUGAAGAGACCGAGAGCAAAUGAAGAGCGAAAUGGAGUCUCGAUUCUUUUCGAAAAUUCAUGACAGCGACGACGCCUCCGUUUGUGCUCCCAAGGCGAUUCCAUGGUUUUCUUGACCUUUUCGGGAGAUUCUGGAGGGGAACGGGCCUUUUUGAGGUACACGGAAGCCUACCAGACGCCGAUGCCGAGGGCCGCUGUGAGAAGUCAUCCGAUCCUCACACAGUUGCAUAACUUUUUGGUGAAGAUUUGAAGUUUAUGAGAGAAUAGUUCAUUUGUGGCAGCUUUUUCGAAAUUUAAAUGGUUGAAGAAGCAGUGAAAAAAGUCUUUAACAAGGUCCUAUUGUUAAUCAAAUCCCGGUCUGUUGGGAACCCUUAUGAGGCCUUUUCUAAGCUUUCGAUGAGCUCACCCGUUCUGCCCAAUAACCGGCUUUUCAUCUCAGGAAGUUAAUUUUUUCUAUUUUGAGAGACUUCACAACAAACUUGAGACGCUAAAAAAGCGUUAAGAGAGGGAAAAUGUCAUUUUUUCGGCUUAAAUGGCCCUAAAAAGCUUUUUAUUCAUGUUGAUUUUCAUUUUACCAGUUUCCCAGGUUACCGAAACUGAACUGGGGAAUUUGUCCCGACAAGAAGCCGUCAGUAUGAUUCCGCCGCUUUUGCUCCAACCGACGAGCGAUCAUUUUGUUCUGGACCUGUGUGCGGCCCCCGGCAGCAAAACGGCCCAGUUAAUCGAGAUGAUUCAUCGCGACACUGAUAAUCCGAGUCAGUGGGAAAAGUUAAAAUUGUGUUCUCAACAUUUUUUGAAUAUUAAAAAAGAAAGAUUAUCAAAACGGCAACUCAGGCUUGAAAUCAGAAGCUUUUUAUUUUAAAACUCGAUUUUCUGUUGAUAAAUUCAAUUGAACUUUUUCAUUUUGACGAUGUGGGAAAUGUCAGCAAAUUUUUUAAAAACUAUCAGCGAAUUAGCAAGCACACGGACUUCUUUUAGAAAAAAAAAAGUUAUAAGAAUUUAAAAAUCUUUUGAGCGCACAUUUUACUGUAUUAAUUAUAUUGAAAUUUUCAAUGAUUAAAUCUUAAAAAUAUAUAGAAUUGUGAAGAAAAGCAUUUUUUUUUUCUAGAAGGAAUGGUGGUGGCGAACGAUUUGGACAAAAAGCGCUGUUAUAUGCUCAUUCGGCAGACUUUGAAACGGUUCCACACGCCAUCUUGCGUCGUCACCUGCGAAGAUGCCACCAAUUAUCCGAAGAUUUCGGCAAAGGUUCGAAGAAAACGAGAACUUGUUUAGAUUUUUGAACAAUAGCUUUUAAAAUUCAUUCAAAGUACACUGCCUCCGCAUCGAAGGUCGUGACCAGCUCGGAACGCCAAAGGGAUCCCUAUAGGGGCAACUUUUGACCCCUUAAACAUUCCCCUCUAAGGGCCUCAUAGGGAAUCAUGCUAGUCAUUUUUCGAAUGAAAAAAUAUCAAUAAAAAAAGAAAUCAAAGAUCUCUAUAGGGACCGUUCAAGCUCUACGAUCAAACCCCAAAGCCCUAUAGGGGACACUCUUUUUUCUCAUUUAGGGGAUAUUUUUUCCCUGGCCAUAAAGACCACUCUGACGUUCCUGAAAGCCGAUAAUCGAAAAAUAGAGAAUUUUCAAUGAGUUGAAAUUCAAAAAUCAAUGAAUAAAUUUUCAUUAAAAAAAGUAAACGUAGUGGAAGAGGAACCAGGAAAAUUUUUAUUAGUCUCACUUUGAGAUUGUUCCACUUUACUUGAAACCAGCUUUUCAAAAUACUUAUAAUCCUCUUGAAGAGCUGAUUUCCAGAACGGAAGUGAGAUCAAAUUUGACCGGGUGCUGGCCGACGUUAUCUGCAGCGGCGACGGAACGAUGCGCAAGAACCCGGGGAUCUGGAAGACGUGGUCGCCGCAGGAAGGCCUCGGCCUCCAUCGACUCCAACUCUCCAUCGCCCGGAGGGCCGCCGAAAUGCUCCGCGUCGGCGGUCAGAUGGUCUACUCGACGUGCUCCUUGAACCCCAUCGAGGACGAAGCCGUCGUCGCGCAGCUGCUCCGCGAAGCCAAGGGCGCCCUCCGAUUGGUGGACACGCGCGAGAAGUUGCCCGAGCUGAAGCGAUUGGCCGGAGUGUCAACUUGGAGGGUUCGUCUUGAACGUCACUCAUAUUAGCCUUCAGGCUCAUAACAUUUUGCACUACGGCGCGUCUAUUCUCUUCUAAUUAUCUUUUUCAUAAUUGACUUUUCGUCGAAACACCGUGUACUGAUCGGCUCAAUAGGAUGCGGUUGAACUGAUUAUCAGUAGUUUUUAGCUUCCAUAGCAUUACUCGCGUCCUCAAAAUUGGGUGUGCAUUUUUCAUCCUCAUUGCUUUCCAAGAAAAAUCAAGAGUAAAAUGCUUUCAAGGGGAAAAAAGAUUGAAUAAAAUCCGCAUGAUUUUAAGAAAAUGUGUUUUACGAGAGCUUUUUCUGAAGGUGAGCUUUUCAGGUCUUCGACAAGGAGAUGCGCGAAUUCAAGACCCCAUCAGAAGUUGAAGAGAAACUUUCCAAAAUGAUCUGUGCCUCUUGUUUCCCGCCUACCGAAGAGGAGGCCACGAAAUUCCACCUCGACUAUUCGUGCAUAAUUAUCUUAUCGACGUAGAGAUCCGUAUCAUUUUCAGAAUGAGAAUCGCGCCGCAUCAAAAUGACACCGGGGGCUUUUACGUCGCUCUGAUUGAAAAAGUUUCAGAGACGGAUUUCGAGAAUAAUAUUUUCAGGUUAGAAAAUGAAUGUACACUUCUUCCGUCGCUUUCUUUUCACAAAAAAAAUUGAGGGAGAAGGGAAUUUUUUUUGAAAAAUUUUCGUGACAAUCUAGCAGUUAAUACAGUAUAUUUGACCUUUGAAAGGCAGAAAAUUGAACAUUUUAGUGGUCCUCAGUGGAAACGUCAGAAAAUGUACAAAGAUGAGCCGUUCUCAUUCCUCAGAGAGAAUGACGAUCGUUGGAAGGAUAUCAGGUCCGUUUUGAGGAAUUUUCAGAAAAGUUUCUUUCAAGGAAUAUUAUGAUGUUUGGUUCAGAAAAUCGGAAAAUAGAAAGCUGAAUUUCCUAUAUAUGUAUUUCUGAAAAAAAGCUUCACUUGCAAUUUAUAUUCGCUUCCUAUGAUGUUUUAAAAAUUUAAAGCUUCACUUUGAAAAAAACCUAGUCGAAUUUAGCGAGAAAAAUUUUGACUUGAAUUCCUUAAAAUCGUAAAUGUGUUUUUUUUUUUCGAAGUUUUCAGAAUAAUUGGCCUUUGAAGAUAAAAUUUAAUCAUUCAAUUGAAUAUUUUUUAGAGAGAUCCGAUUUAAGAUACAGAAAAAAGUUUUAUUUCUAGUGUUUCAUGACUAUUCGUCUGGUUUUAUCUUUAAAAAAGAUAAUUUUACUGGUUUUUCGUUGAUGGGUUUUUGAUAUGAUCAUCAUUAUCAAAACAGGAAGAAAACGAAAGUUAAGACAUUUUCAGGUAAAGUUUUAUGGUUUUGACGUUUUCCUUUUUUAUCGCCUUGAGGAAUCGAAGCCAUUUCGUAGUUUGGAAAUCUUCCCUAGUUUUGUCAUCAUUUUCUCGUUUCUUGCUGAACUGAGCAAAGGAAAAUUGAAAAGGACAAUGAAAAAAAAACUCCAAUGUUGACCAAUUUCAUAACUUCAGUUGAGUUUUUUUUUCUAGAAUUUUUUUCUUUUACCUUUAAAGCUCACCGACUUUUUUUCAAAGGUAUAUUAAAUUUUCCGAAACACUUCCUGCAAUCCUUUUUUUAUUCUUUCAAUCAUAACAAGUUCUAAAUAUGUUUGGUUUUUUUAAACUUUUUUUACAAUUUCUGACCUUUGUAUCUUAUUUUUUUAUAAAGUCUUUCGAAAUUUUCUUCUCGGUUUUUACCCCCAACCUCCAUAACUUCUUGAAAAACGAUUCCAGGCUUACUUUUUUAUUAGAAAUUAUCCACUUUUUUUUCUUCUAGUUUUUUCAAGAUUAAGUUAUAAAGGUUUUCUUUUUUUUCAAAUUCGACAAAAACUCUUUCGCAAAGUUGAAAAUUUCAUUGAAAUUAAGUAAUCUUUUCGAAGUUUUGAUAAAACUUCUUUUUUUUUUGCUCAUCCAAAAAGUGUUUAAAUUUUUUUUCCGAAAUUUUUUUUGGAUAAUUUUUCAAGAUAGCUCACAAGUUUCAGCGGUCAUUAUGGCGUCGCCGAGAACUUCCCGUACCAAAAAUCUGUUCAGUCGUCGACUUGA